UCACGUCGGUUCAUGUUGCCGCCUGUCGUAACGGCUGAAAAAAAAGAACUAGGUGGAGUUUCAAAGUCAAAAACUUGAAGCAUCUCAACCUCAGAAAUAUAUACACUACAUUUGAGUUGCUAAUGUUGUUGAUAAAUGAUAAGCACGUGAUAAGGUCAGGAUAAAGCAGAGCCCGAUUGGUUACAAGUUUUUAUCACACACCGCGAGGUGCAUCUGUUAUUCGGUUGGAAUCGGCUGUUAAAAAAAAGUAAAAAAGGCCGCGGUCAUUCUGUUAAUUUUGUUCACACACGUACGACAUAUUUUCUCUGCCCUUGAUUGAUUUUUAUCAGUCAUAUUAACGGAUGACUUGAGCGUUAGACAGUCAUUGAUAAAUAUGCGCUCACUUCUGGUCGGGUUCCACCGACAAUGUCGGGCAGCCAAAAAUAUUUUAAACUACCGAAUCACAAUUCGAUCUCAACACCAACAAGUUGCGAAUUUUGUUUUGACAGAGCCGAUACAAUUUUCGAGGGACUUUUUGUUUCGGCAGUUAUUCGACCCUGUAUCUAGCACAUACACUUAUUUGCUUGGCGACGUUACAAAAAGAGAAGCAAUACUGAUAGACCCGGUCAUCGAGCAUGCUGAGCGUGAUGCAAACAUGAUAAAUGAACUGGGACUUUGCCUGAAAUAUGCAGUGAAUACUCAUAUGCAUGCAGACCACAUUACCGGUACCGGAAAAUUGAAGAUUCUUUUACCUAGCUGCCGAUCAAUGAUAUCGCGUGCUAGUGGCGCUGAAGCUGAUAUAUUACUGAACCCUCAAGACAAUAUAGAAUUUGGAAGGCAUCAGCUCAAAGUCUUACCAACUCCGGGUCACACUGAAGGCUGCGUCACAUACGUUUGUCACGAACAGGGAAUCGCCUUCACUGGCGACACUCUUCUGAUACGUGGAUGUGGACGAACUGAUUUUCAGGGUGGUUCUUCAGCGACUCUCUACAAAUCUGUACAUUCCGUGAUUUUUAAUUUUCCGUUGAACUAUAGAUUAUAUCCGGCGCACGACUACACUGGAAGAACUGUGACAACGGUGGGUGAAGAAAAGGUGUACAACCCACGAUUGAGUAAAUCUUUGGACGAGUUUAUUCAUAUAAUGGAAAACCUAAAUCUGCCUUAUCCCAAGAUGAUUGAUAAAGCAGUCCCUGCAAAUAAAAUUUGCGGAUUAUUUGAGCUUGAUGAACAGAAAAAUAUGUAAAAAAAAUAUAUAGCUGCAUAUGUAUGCAAAGGUGAAUCGCCUCCCACGUGUAAAUAAGAUAUUGUGUCGAUAAACAAAUAGAAAUAUAAAUACAGAGAAAAAGGAGCAAUUCAAAUGAACUUGGGGUUUAUGCAGCAAAAGAUAAGAAAUGAAUAUGUACAACGUAUAAAUACAUUUCAAAUCCAAAAAUAUAGUAUUGUUAUAAAACAAAAUUGUUUAUUUUUAAUAAAUUGUGACGCA